GGGGCUGCGGGGCGGCCCGCGCCGGCAGGCGCUGCUGCUGCUGCUGCGCAGGGCUGCGACAAGAUGGCGGCCAACGCCACCACCAACCCCUCUCAGCUGCUGCCGCUCGAACUUGUGGACAAAUGCAUAGGUUCACGCAUUCAUAUUGUGAUGAAGAGCGAUAAAGAAAUUGUUGGAACGCUUCUAGGAUUUGAUGACUUUGUCAAUAUGGUGUUAGAGGACGUUACAGAAUUUGAGAUUACACCUGAGGGCAGAAGAAUCACAAAGCUGGACCAGAUUUUGCUAAAUGGAAAUAACAUAACCAUGCUGGUUCCUGGAGGAGAAGGACCUGAAGUAUAAAUUGAACAGUUGUCAUCCGUGAAGACGUGUUUUUUAUAUGUAUAAUCUGAAUAGAGCUUUUGGGGUAUGGAUCUGGGUGGGUUUUGGUGUGGGUUGGGUUUUUUGUUUUUCUUCUUUGUUCACAUGCUCUUUGAGGUUGACAUUUGAUAGAAGACAAGGAUUUCCUCUCCAGGAAAUGUGUGUUAAUGAUAAUGCCAACUUUGUAAGUUGAAAUCAUGACCUGUGAAGACGUACUCAUCUGUUCUGAAUAAAAGGCUUUGUUUUUGUUACUGUGUUCUGUUA